AUAGCCAAAAAGAAAUACAAGAAGGGGAAAAAAAAGAGAGUCAGCUAUAUAUAUUCAUUCAUUCAGCAAUUUUGCUUAUGAGAAGCUAUCUUGCCAGCAUCUGGAACUUCAGUGAUGAACAAGAGACAUUCCUUGCUCAUGUGGAGCUAAUAUUUAUCUGAUAGGCAGGGGGGGAUUCAUUCUAGAAAAAAAUGUAAUUCUAGAGGGAAAUAAUGCCUUGAUGGAAAUAAAGUGUUGGGAUGGAGAAUAGUGGGAAAGGGUUUAUUUAAAAGAAGGUGAGGGCAAGGCUAGCCAAGAAGGUGGUACCACACUUUAAGAACUGAGUGUGAAAGGUAAUCAAGGCAUCUUCAUGGAAGGACUUAUAAAAAAGGACGUUCCAGGUAUAGAAAUAGGUACAGGGCCUCAAGAUGUGACAGCCUGAGUUUUUUUAACAAACUUUCAGAAGGCUGAUGGGGUUAACAAAGUAAGUAGCAGGGAAGGAGUGAUUAUCGUUAUGAGACGCAGAAGUAAGCUAGAUCAUGCAGGGCUUGCUAGGCUCUACUGAGGAUUUUGUAUUUUCUUUCAGAAACAGAAGGAAGCUAUUGGAGAGUUUUAGUCAGUGACUUUACCCAAAGUAAUGCCUAAAAGACAUUGUUUAAAUAGGUUGUUGCAGUAUUUCCAGUAAAUACAAUUCAUUUGUUAUCUAAAAUAUGUUUCUGCUACAUUUCUCAAUCAUUAUUUUUACUCUCCAGAAUUUCUUGGCUCUUUGUGCCAGUAAUUACUACAAUGGCUGUAUAUUUCAUAGAAAUAUCAAGGGUUUCAUGGUUCAAACGGGAGAUCCAACAGGUACUGGAAGGGGAGGUAACAGUAUCUGGGGCAAGAAGUUUGAAGACGAAUAUAGUGAAUAUCUUAAGCACAAUGUUAGAGGUGUUGUAUCUAUGGCUAAUAAUGGCCCAAAUACUAAUGGAUCUCAGUUUUUCAUCACCUAUGGGAAGCAGCCACAUCUGGACAUGAAAUACACAGUAUUUGGCAAGGUGAUAGAUGGUCUGGAGACUCUAGAUGAACUGGAGAAGUUACCCGUAAAUGAGAAGACAUAUCGACCUCUUAAUGACGUACACAUUAAGGACAUAACUAUUCAUGCCAACCCAUUUGCUCAGUAGCUAUAAUAGACCUGGACAAAUACUUGGCAAACUAUUCAAGGAACACACCUAUUAUGGUUCACUCAGUUUUAAUUACGUCAAAGAUUGCAGCUUUGUUUACAACUAAGAUCUUCUGUGAGGUGCUGGUCCAAGAGGGGACAAACAGUGUUUAGUCCUGUUUUUAGAGCAUAUUCUAUGACUAUUAUCUAAUGCAUUUCUUUAAUUAAAAAAACCUGUGUUUAACUUUGUA